AUGUCAAGACGUAAAAAGUCAAAAUUAAUUUUUUUAUCAGCUUUUUGCGUCGGACUUCAAUCUGCAUUCGGCUAUAAGAGUGCUGGAAACAAUGGUACCUGCUUGCUUAUUUAUCAAGUAAUUGCACUAUUUAUAGUAGGAAUAAUAGGAAGUGCAUGUUACUCAUUGUAUUGGGUAUUAAUACAACACGUAUGUAGUCAGUUUAGCAUUAUAAUAUGGAAAAUACGUCGACCAUUUAAAAAUGAUAGAAAACAUGUAGAAAAUGAUCGAAGUGAUACAACACUUCAGGAAGAAUGGGAUUGGAUGAUCGACAUAAUUAAAUGUUAUACAAGAAUCACAGAGUAUGCGAUAAUGCAAUAUAUUUUUGUAUAUCAUUUUAAGAACAAUAUGAUAUUUCAAUUAUCUGUGGUAUUGCAAAGUGCAAGCGAAACAAUCAAAUGCUGCAUUUACAUGGCUGGAUCAAUUUCUACUAUUUAUAUUAGUUAUUAUGUUGGACAAUUGCUUAUAGAUCACAGCAAUGACGCUUUCAUGGAAUUAUGUCAAAUUCCAUUCUAUACAUUAUCCAUAAAAACUCAGAAAUUGCUAUUAUUAUUAUUAAUAAGGAGCAUAAAACCAAGUGAGAUUUCAAUCGGUGGUAUAUUUGUAGCAUCGCACGAGGUUUUCGCGACAUUAAUACAAAAAGCAUUUUCCUUUGCUACGGUUUAUUACAGCAUGUUAUAA